UCCAAAUGGCCUGAAAAAUAUCCGGAAGGGCACGGCAGGCCUCAUCUUCCUUCUCAGAUUUUCUCUGCGCGACAACCAUGAGAGCUUAGCUCCUCGCCAGCGCUCCCGACAUCUUUUGCUCUCCCUUUCUCUCUCCUCUCUGUAUCGAAUUUACUGUAUAUAGAGAAAUGGCUGUUAUAGUGCUCUCACCUUCUACCCUCUGCUGCUCCACUGCAAGUGUAAGUAAUAGCUCUUGCAGCCUCAACUGUAAAUUAUCUCCUGUAAAUGGCGCCAAUCAGACUGCAGAGCUAUCGAUUCUUGGAAAUUUGAGGUUUUGGCCAUGUGGGUAUUCUGUAAAUUUGAAGAAACAGAGGAAAAAGCAGGUGGGCAGCCGUAGGUUCGUGGUGAGAAGUUGUGAGGAGCCGAGUAGCUCAGUGUGCUCCGAGGAAGUUGUCAGGGUCUUGAAGCUGACUUCAGACCCAAAAUUGGCCUUUACAUACUUCAUGUCGGUUGCUAAGCUUCCUAAUCCUGUUCACACCACUGAGACUUGCAAUUGCAUGCUUGAGAUACUGAGGGCUCAUAGGAGAGUGGAAGAUAUGGUUGUUGUGUUUGAUUUUAUGCAGAAAAGGAUAAUUUACCGGAAUUCGCGGACCUAUUUGGCGAUAUUCAAGGUUCUCAAUGUCCGAGGGGGGAUUCGGCAAGCCCCCCUUGCCCUUGAAAGUAUGAGGAAAGCAGAGUUUGUGAUGAAUGCGUAUUCCUAUAAUGGGUUGAUUCAUUUGUUGCUUCAGUCUGAAUUUUCCAAGGAGGCUCUUGAGGUUUACAGGAGAAUGGUUUCUGAAGGGCUGAAGCCAAGUUUGAAGACUUACUCUGCACUUAUGGUAGCAUCGGGGAAGAAGAGAGACACCAAGACUCUUAUGGGCCUUUUAGCUGAGAUGGCAACUUUGGGGCUCAAGCCAAAUGUCUAUACCUUUACAAUUUGCAUUCGGGCUCUUGGGAGGGCGGGUAAGAUUGAGGAGGCAUAUAAGGUUUUGGAGAGAAUGGAGAGUGAAGGAUGUGGGCCAGAUGUUGUCACUUACACUGUGCUUAUUGAUGGGCUGUGUAAUGCAGGGAAGCUCAGAGAUGCGAAAGAACUUUUCUGUCAGAUGAAAAUGAGCAGUCAGAAGCCUGACAAGGUGACUUACAUCACUUUGUUAGACAAGUUUAGUGACCAUGGGGAAUUGGAGAUGGUGAGACAAUUCUGGGAUGAGAUGGAGAAGGAUGGUUAUUCUCCUGAUGUGAUAACGUUCACGGUACUCCUAAAAGCAUUGUGCAAAGUUGGGAAUUUUGAUGAAGCAUUUCAUACAUUAGAUGUCAUGAGGAAGCGAGGAAUAGCUCCUAAUCUCCACACAUACAACACGUUGAUAUGCGGGCUUCUGAGAGUUGAUAGGUUGAGGGAGGCACUUGAGCUUUUUGGUAGCAUGGAGGAGUCAUUUGGGGUGGCACCAGCUGCUUACACGUACAUCCUGUUCAUCGACUACUACGGAAAGAAGGGAGACUCAGAGAAGGCUUUGGAGAUGUUUAACAGCAUGAAAGGUCGAGGAAUCGUUCCGAAUCUUGUUGCUUUCAAUGCCUCCCUGUAUAGCCUUGCUGAGGCAGGGAGGCUCAGGGAAGCAAGAGAGAUGUUCCAUGGGCUCAGGAACAGCGGGAUUGCUCCAGACUCUAUUUCUUAUAACAUGAUGAUGAAGUGUUAUAGCAAUAUUGGGCAAGUGGAUGAAGCUAUCAGGUUGCUCUCAGAGAUGGUGGAGAGCGGGUGUGAGCCUGACGUGGUUAUCAUCAACUCUUUGAUUGAUUCGCUAUAUAAGGAUGGGCGAGUAGAUGAGGCAUGGAAAAUGUUCCAUAGAUUAGGGGAGAUGGGUCUUUCUCCUUCUACUGUGACUUACAAUACUUUGCUUGAUGGAUUGGGUAAAGAAGGUCGUGUCCAUAAAGCCAUCAAACUUUUUGAAAGCAUGGCUAAUAAUAGUUGCCGACCAAACACCGUAACUUUUAAUAUACUCUUUGAUUGCCUAUGCAAGAAUGGGAAGGUACCAUUGGCCCUAGAGAUGCUAUACAUGAUGAGACCAGCAGGAUCCACUCCUGAUGUGUUGACUUACAAUACGAUAAUUUAUGGCUUGAUCAGGGAUGAUCAAGUCAAUUUUGCUUUCUGGGUCUUUUUCCAAAUGAGGAAGUCGCUCUAUCCUGAUCACGUCACCCUAUGUACCUUCAUCCCCGGCGUAGUAAAAAAUGGCAGAACAGAAGACGCCCUCAAGAUUGUGGAGGAUUUUGUGCAUCAGGUCUUGGUUCCUCUGGACCAUUCCUUUUGGCAAGAUUUAAUAUCGGGUGUUUUGGCUGAGGCAGGAAUUGGUAAAGCUAUCCGAUUUGCGGAAGGAUUGGUAGAGAAAAAGUUAUGCCAAGGCGACUCCAUGCUGAUACCGCUUAUCAAGGUGUUGUGUAAGCGUAAGAGAGCCCUCGAUGCCCAUAGUUUGUUCGAAAGGUUUACUAGAGAUCUUGGGAUUAGCCCGUCAAUAGAGACGUGUAAUUCUCUCCUUGACGGGCUUAUUGAGGCCCGUCUUAUGGAAAUGGCUUUGAAAAUCUUUGGUGAGAUGAAAGUCACUGGCCCUACUCCUGAUGUUUUCACGUACAACCUGUUCCUUGAUGGUCUGGGGAAAUCCCGGAACCAAGAUGGGAUCUUAGCAUUGUACAGGGAGAUGCUCCACAGAGGUUGCAAGCCAAACACCGUAACCCACAAUAUCAUUAUAUCCGGCCUCGUCAAGUGUGAUGCUUUAGAUCAAGCUGUGGACUUAUACUAUGAUCUCAUCAGCAGGGACCUCACCCCAACUGCUUGCACGUAUGGUCCACUUUUGGAUGGGCUUUUGAAGUCAGGGAGAGCAGAAGAAGCUGAGAAAAUGUUUAAGGAGAUGCAGGAUUAUAGUUGCAAGCCCAACUGUGCAAUAUACAAUAUUUUGAUUAAUGGAUUCGGGAAAAUGGGUGAGGUGGAGAUAGCUCGUGGUUUGUUUGAUAGGAUGGUGAGGGAAGGGAUAAGACCUGAUCUGAGAUCAUAUACUAUCCUCGUGGACUGCCUCUGUAGCUCAGGGAGAGUGGAUGAUGCUCUUGGGUAUUUCAAUGAGUUAAGGCUCACUGGGCUUGAUCCUGAUUUGAUCGCUUGCAAUCUCAUGAUUGACGGGUUUGGCAGAGCAAGGCGCAUAGAAGAGGCCCUGUCUCUUUUUGAGGAGAUGCAAGAUAAAGGGGUGUGCCCCGAUCUUUACACUUACAAUUCGUUGAUACUCCACCUCGGGGUUUCUGGGAUGAUGGAGCGGGCCCUGGAGAUGUAUGAGGAGAUGCAGAGCAGGGGAUUCAAGCCAAAUGUGUUCACUUAUAAUGCACUCAUUCGAGGGUACACUGUGUCUGGAAAGAAAGAUUAUGCGUACGCUAUGUACAAGAAGAUGGUGGUGGGUGGGUGCAGCCCGAACACGGGAACUUUUGCCCAACUCCCAAACUAGCUGCAGAGGAUCUCUUGAGUUUUCGCUGCAUAUGAUUUGAGAAUCUCGUGUUCUCAGGAUCCAUGAGGCAGAAUGAGUUUCAACAGAAAGGAUUUCUGCAGUCUGCUUUGAGCAUUUUAUAAGUUUGUAAGUGUCUUCUUUUAGAAGAGGUCUCGGGUUCAAAAGUGAGUUUGUUCUUUUCCGUGUUGUCACGUCUCACAGUGAUUCAAAAUGAGUACCUCUUGAUAUGAAAGCCAUGAAUUUGCAUAAACAACCGAAUUCAGCUGAUAAUCUCAGAGCUGUUAAUGCACGUUGAGGUGCAGAUAUGACUCGCUUGAGGAUUGGAUUCGAGGCAUCAAAUCUCGGGAGAAUGGAGAAAGUUCCAGCAACCUUAAAUAGUCGUCGUCCUGUAGAACUUGGGUCUUUGGUCAAAAGAUAUAUUCCAUCCUUACCUCAUGUACUACAAGUAAUGUCCAAAUUGAAUUUGGCUUUGGACGUUCCUACGCGUUUUAUAGAUGUCUUCGGCAGAAAGUAUCAGAAGUCACUGUGAAUUGAAGCAAUCUUGAACAAUGUAACAUGCCGAUGUAGACCUCGAGUAUAAAAAUUGCAAUGUUCUGUUUUAUUUGAAAA